GGGUCAGUUCCCUGAGCAAAAUGUAAGAUGUGGGCAGGUCUCCGCUGUCUUCCGCCGCACAGUCUCGUCCCCUGGGCCUGGACACCCCCCUCCGGCCCCUGGCAGGUGGACAGAGCCCACAGGCCUGCGCCCGUGCCGCCUCCCUCGCGGGGCCUGAGAAGGACCCGGCUCUGCAGUGGCGGGCGGCGGGGACCCUGCGUGGGGCCCUGCAGGCCUCACCAGAGAACUGUGGGCGGAAACUUCCCGGGUUUGCUCUGCCUCUGGUUGAGGCUUCUCAGCUUCAGAUGCAAAGUCAGUGGGUGUCUCUGAGAAAGACAGAGGAGAGAGCGAGCGACAGAGAGGUGUUCCCCGGGGUUCUGGAAACUAUAAAGAGCGAGCCGGCUCUCCUGCUCCAGCAGACAGACAGACAGCCGCGCGCCCGGCCUGGACACCUGUGCUGGGGGCCAGCCCGACCCCCCGCCAUGCAGCAGCCCCUGAAUUACCCCCCGUACCCCCACAUCUACUGGGUGGACGGCAGCGCCAGCUCCCCCUGGGCGCCUCCGGGCUCCGUCCUCCCGUGUCCGUCCUCUGUGCCCGGGAGGCCUGGGCCGAGGAGGCCGCCGCCGCCACCGCCUCCGCCGCCACCACCGCCGCCCCUGCCUCCGGUGCCCCUGCCGCCUCUGAAGACGCCGAGGGACCACAACACAGGCCUGUGUCUCCUUGUGGUGUUUUUCAUGGUGCUGGUGGCCCUGGUCGGCCUGGGGCUGGGGCUGUUCCAGCUCUUCCACCUGCAGAAGGAGCUGGCGGAGCUCAGAGAGUCCACCAGCAAAAGUCAUACAGCAUCGUCUUUGGAGAAGCAAACAGGUCAACCCAAUCUGCCCUCUGAAAAAAGGGAGCUGAGAAAAGUGGCCCAUCUAACAGGCAAGCCCAACUCAAGAUCCAUCCCUCUGGAAUGGGAAGACACAUACGGGAUUGCCCUUGUCUCUGGGGUGAAGUAUAAGAAGGGCGGCCUUGUGAUCAAUGACACUGGGCUCUACUUUGUGUAUUCUAAAGUGUACUUCAGGGGUCAGUCCUGCAACAACCGGCCCCUGAAUCACAAGGUCUAUUUGAGGAACUCUAAGUAUCCCCAGGAUCUAGUGCUGAUGGAGGGGAAGUUAAUGAACUACUGCACUACUGGCCAGAUGUGGGCCCGCAGCAGCUACCUGGGGGCAGUAUUCAAUCUCACCAGUACUGACCAUUUAUAUGUUAAUGUGUCUGAACUGUCUGUGGUCAGUUUUGAGGAAUCUAAGACCUUUUUUGGCUUAUAUAAGCUCUAAGAAAAGCACUUUGGGAUUCUCUCCACAUGGUUCCUUAUUACAGGCCCUGAAAAUAUGGUCUUGAAUGAGAGUCUUCUUAAGCCCACUUGAGAUCAAGUGAGAAGACAUGAGCCAAGAGUAUCUAGAGACCACAGGGUCCAGCAGAUCUACCAUUCCUCAUCUCAUGAGCCAGAUGGGAGGGGGAAUACGACUGAAGAACACGAGAUUUGGGGCUGCCGUGUGAAAUGCAGAGGCAGGAAGAAGCAGCCACCAGGGUGUUCUACACACUUAAAAGUGUCCACAAGCAUUUUAGCACAUUGAAAAGGACACCUGUUAACUCACCUCUUGGAGUGGGUCUACUGUCUACCUCGGGGUGGCUGUCUUUCAGAUAUGGAUGUGACAUGGGUGUACAAGGGACGGAGAAAGAGGACUAGGCUUGUGUCAUAAGCUAAAGAGACCGAAAGGCCAGUGUCCCAUUGGAAGCAUGUUAACUUCUGAAGGCAGAGCCGGAGCCACCAGGUGACGCUAACAGAGAAGCAAGGGGGAUCUUUGGGGAAUUUGCUCCAUUCCUCACACAGCAUGUAUAUUUCCAGUGCAAUUUUAGGGGUGUGUGUGUGUGUGUGUGUGUGUGUGUGUACUCACAUGUAUGUGACUAGAAGAGUUACAUAAGAAGAGACAAUGUGGAUCUUGUGAAGGAUAUGUUAGGAAAACAUGGGUUGCAUUUAAUGGUAGAUUUUGAAUACCUCUUGGCAACCAACUCAGUUGUCCUUAAAAUAGUCCUCAAGACUCUUUGAUUGUCACCUGUUCAUGCUGUUCUCCUAUAAUAUAACCAGUAUUUAUAUGUUUUGUGUAUUUUAAUAAAAAGAGGAAGUGUAAUAAACAUUAUAUUUUAGAAUACAGGCCAACAUUAUGAAUGUACUUGUUGGAAAUGACUAAAAUUUGUUUUUUCCCCCCUUAUAAUUUCUUUCCUCCAUGGCUUCUUCACUCCUUUUGCCUUAAGGCUGCGUUAAGAAGGACUCACUGGAAUGAACACCGUGAAGCAAAUCCAUCAUUGCCAGACACCCCUCUCCCCAGUCUGUUUCCAUUAUCCAGAGUUUUUAUUGUCUAUAUUAUUGCCAAUGUUAAGCUCACCCAACUUUCAACAGAUUUGGUGACAACUUCCCCCAGGCUUCCCUGGGAGCAGAGCCGUAGCAUAGUGGAAAGGGCACAGACUUUGGGCUGAAAAACAUGAGCUUGAAUCUUUGUUCAUCUACUUUCUAAAUGCAAUCAUGGGGUGAGUCCCUUGACUUCUCUUGGACAAAAAUGACUGAUACGUAUAUUAAGUAUCUGGUCAUGGCAUCUGUCAGUUCAGUCAGUCACUCGGUGAGAGGUACUUCUAGCUCCAGAAAAAGCCACUGACCGGAGGCCUCCAUCCAAGCACCCGGUUUCUCAGGUUCUCCCAGUCUUCCAUCACAAUGACCUUUUCCUAAUUUUUUCAACCUCUCUCUAACACCCCCUCCCCCCAGACUUUGUCUUUGUUAAAAACUAUGGUAUUUCCUUUACAAUUUGAUUUCAGACAUCUUACUUUCCUAUCAUCUCCUAUUAUUCCAGCUUAACUGCUCCAACAUUUUGUCUCCAAAAAUGUGUCUGUUUUUACCACACGAGACCUCUGAUAAACUUGGUCAUUUCCUUACAUAUCCAUCAGCGUCUUCUUUAUCUUCAUUCCUCUCUCUGACGAGUUUUGCGUCUACCCUCUGUCCUUACAAUCAGUAUCUUGGAAAAUUUCUCAAUUCCAGAAUAUUCUGCAUCCUUCCCUGUAUUCCCCUUGCAAAAAUCCCAUUUCCUUUGAGCUGGCAUCCGACAAGCUGGAUGUUGCUAGAAAAAAAUUAUCCAGACAGACAGGCUGGUUUCUGUUUACUUUUAGCUGUCAUCUACUUAAAUCAAUUACUCUUAAUCCCCGAUUUAUUUCUACCUUUUGAUUGAUUUGAGUAAGUAAUACCUGUACAUAGUACAAAUUUUAAAAGGCCUAAAAAGACAUAGGAUGACAGUAAGUCCUGUUUUCAAUCUGUCCCAUGACCCUAUUCCUGUCCAAAGAGACUAUCACGGUCUCCUGACGUAGCUUUCCAGAGAUGGUCUGUGUGUAUGACAUCAGUUUACAUCUGGAUUUCCCAACCUUGGUUCCUGACAUUCUGAGCUGGAUAAUUCUUUGUUGUGGGGUCUGUCCCGUGCACUGUUGUAUGCUUAGCAGUAUCUCUGCCUUCUAUCCCCUGAUGCUAGCAGCACUGUCCCCUCCUCCGUGUGUGAUAACCAAGAAUAUCUCUAGGCAUUGGCAGAUGUGCCCAGGCUGGGGAUGGGGAGACAAAAAUCUGCCCUAUUUGAGAAACACUGCUUUACAUUAGUGAUCACAGAUCUCAAAUGGGCAUUCAACACUGCCUACCACUUUUUCCUCAGUUCCUUGCCAACCAGGUUUUUCCACUGUUUGAGACAGUUAUGUCAUAACUUUUCCUCUUGCAAACCCACCAUAUCCCCUCCUCCCACUAUGGAACCUCACUUAACACUAUCAAAACACAAAUCUACCCACAUCUGCAUGAUCUCUUUCUUUUAUCCUUACAGCGGAAGAGGAGGAUCAUCUCUUCAUUUGUGCAUUAGAUCCAUUUCUAAUCCCUACGUGCCCUAGUUAAAAUUGUCUCUUCCGGGGGCACCUGAGUGACUCAGUGGGUUAAGCCUCUACCUUUGGCUCAGGUCAUGA